AUGGAAUGGGGACAGCAUGAUGAACAGCUGAUCCUGCACAGGCUGGAGGGGGGGCUUUCACUCAUAUCCAUGCGCCUCGAUGUCUUGUCGCAAGGAAAGGAUGUGCUCUCUUUCUCCAUAGGCCGCAGUGCUUGGCUAUCUGUCCCCAUUCAUGAUGACGAAGGCGAAUACGGGAAAGAAAACACAGCGGCAACACAGCAACAAGAGUGGGAAUCAAGGGCCGGCAGCCACGCCAUUCUUCGAGCCAGGAACGACGGGCGGGGGCAGUUUCAUGGAUCUGAUUGGGAACGGAUGGGCUGUGAGGAUCCCAGGGGAGGCGAUGGUCAGGAGAAGCUCAGACUUCCAACACGCACAACGCAAAGGAACGUAAAACAAGGAAGAGAGAGACCUUUGUUUCCCAGCUCCGAGACGCCAAUCAGCGCACAUCCCAGCUUCCCGGGACCAAUGCAGCCUGAGUUGAGCAGCAGCAGCAGCAGUAGCAGCGGCAGGGAGUUGACAUGGACUGAGUUAGAGCUGAACUGCGGUGAGGUGAGUAAGCCGGGAUUUGCACGCCUUUUUGGUGGGCAAGCAGCGAUCAAGGCCGAAGCGAAGGCCAAAGAAGGCGAAAGGACGAACUGCGGCUGGGAUCUGGCUGGCUCGCUGAGACCGACAUGGCUGAGCGAUUAA